AUGAGUCCUGAGCUUGGAAGAUAUCUACGGGAGGCUGAUGUGCGCAAAUGGGAUCGUUCUCUCUUCCCUGGUGAAAUGUAUGAAAUUAGGACCACAAACCCUGCAGAGUCGAUAAAUUCAGUUCUGAGAAUACCUAGAGAAUAUCCGGUUAUUCCUUUGCUAGAUAGUAUAAGAGAAUUGUUGACUCGAUGGUUCUAUGAGCGUCGCUUGGUAAGCUCUAAGCAUCUUGAUCCUUUAACCACUAAGGUGGAGAAAAAGAUUGAUAGGAGAAUUGUGAAGGCAAAAGGGUUUCAAGUCUACAAGGCUGACGACUUCGAAUCGCUUGUGAAAGGAGACAUAUAUGAUUGUCAUGUUGAUUUGGAAAAAAGAACAUGCACAAGUGGGAAGUACAAUAUAGGAAAAAUUCCUUGCCGACACGCCAUUCCUGCAAUUUAUUCACGAGGCAUGGAAGUGCACAAAUUAACUGACGACUUAUACACCACUGCAGCGUGGAGAACCGCCUAUGCGGAAUGCAUUAAUCCAAUAGCAGUUCCACAGUCUGAAUGGAAUGUCCCUGCUGAGGUUAAACUUGCUAAGGUUUUACCACCAGAGACAAAAAAGAGUGCUGGUCAGAGAGAAGGUAUGAAUCAGUAG